AUGGAGGGAACGCAACCAGAUCAAGCGAUCGAUACGUCUGGAUCCAGCAACGUCAUCGAUUCUUGCACGUGCAUGUGUGAGGAAAAUUCGGCAUCAGGGGGCAAUGAUUGGCGCUCCUUUCUGAACAGGUACAUGCAAAACAAACACCAGAACAAGACAGAGUGUAUGGAACAGCAUCUUGACGAGAAUGAAAUGGUAGAGACAGGAGGAUCGGAGCUGGUGAUCUGGUGCAGCCAUGGCAAGGCAGGAUGCAACAGGAAGAUCAUCGGCAUGGGAGGCAGGAAGAAACUAGGAGCGAGGAAUGGUGAGGAUGAAUGCAGGGGAUUUCGCAUAGAAUGCGGCUGA